CCGGACGAGCGACCUAAACUUGCAAAAUUAUACUUACCAGGCGUUCCGGCCGGACGUUAAGUUACAUUGGCCGCACACUAUGUCAGAUGUUGUCAAAGCCAACGUCAACCCUCAAGAACCAAAGUUCAUUGUGUGGCCAUAUACGUUGCAGCAUAAUGCUUUGGUAUAGAGAUUAUAAUAGCCGCUACUUCACCCUCUCACAUGCUAGGACAUACUAAUACGUGAUUGACAAUAGCCAGAACAUAUUCAGAUAUCGGCAGCCGUGGUCAUCAAACCACUCCCAAUUGCAAUGGACGUAACUCGUCACCCAAAUUGUCCACGAUCCCGUUUCGAGAUCGUGAGGCCGAUUACGGAACGACCGGGGCAGAACAAUGACGGUAUAUUCGUUGUGGAGCACGUUACGACUGGUGAGUACUGUGUAGAGAAGCGACUCAAAACAGCCGAUGUUGCCAAUGGAUAUGCUCAGCGCGAGAUCGAUGUCCUGUCGCAGCUCAGCGGGCAUCCAAAUAUCAUACAACUGGUAGAUUACCAGCUUAACAACGACCCUCAACUGCAGGAGUGCGAUCUAUCCGCGAGGACAUGGACCGAGUACUGCGAGUAUGGGAGUCUUAGAAAUGUCGUCGAUUAUCUCCAAGAUUCCGGCAACCCGAGGUUGUCCGAACCUUUGCUAUGGCACAUUCUGGCAAGCCUUGCGGAAGCGGUGCGGUAUCUGCAGCAAGGCCCCAAAGAAUUUCCUUUCUUAUCCUGGAACACAGUUUGCCACCGUGACAUCCACCUCGGUAACGUAUUCCUGGCCGCUGAACCUGCCGGUAGUAACUUUCCUCGCGUGGUCCUCGGCGACUUUGGAUCGUCAACUACAGUCGCUCAUACUCUUUUUGGCUACAAUAGUGAAUGGGCAAUUUCAUGGUUCGAGGAAUUCUUCGCGCCCCCAGAAUUCCCGUCGUACUAUCCAGAGUCAGACAUCUAUCAGAUCGGGGCGGUCCUAUAUUGUCUUAUGUACGGACAACAUUCGCCGUAUUAUGGUACCGCACCGCGUUUGGUGCAUGGAAAGCGCGGAUAUUUGGAUCACGACAUAUGGGUGCGCGAGCUGCAAUUUGAUGCUCCAUACUCGGACGCUCUUGUCGAUAUCGUCAGUGCUUGCCUGUGCGGGGACGUGUUCUCGAGGUGUAACAUCGAUCAGCUCUUAGAAAUGCUUGGGAAAAUCUAACCGUUACAUCAUUCUUAACCCUUCGAUAAGCAGCAUUUGAGACGCAGGAGUCUUUUAGAAACUCUUGAAUCGUUUUCACUCUUAGCAGGGUAAAUCCAUAGUUGUGAUAUAAGAA